CUGGCGCGAGUCUAGUUUUUGUAUGCCAGGUGUACUGGGUUCGAUUCCCGGUAUCGGCAAGAAAACUUUUGGGUUCGAAUCCCAUAAGUGGCCGACAGCUCUCAUCAUGUCGGAUAACGACGUUAGUUCAUCGUCGGAGUGCAGCUCAAUCGAUUCCAACGAUUCCAGCCAGUCAAGUCAUCCGGAUCAGCGUCGGGUUAAACUUCUGAUCAACAGUGAACUUCUGUCGGACGUUUCGUUCUCGGUCGGCCAAAAAGGAACCGUAGUUUAUGGGCAUCGAUUCCCGUUGGCGGCCACUAGCGAUGUAUUUUAUCGAAUGUUUACAGAGCCGAAUGCCAAUUCUGGUCAGACGCUGGAAGUGCCGGAUGUGGAACCGGCCAUCUUCUUGGAGAUGCUGCAAUUCAUAUACUGUGGCCAUUUGACGUUGAGUGAAGAAAAUCUAGUAGAUAUGUAUUAUGCUGCCGAUAAGUACGACCUGGGCGGGUUGAAGAAACGUUGUCAGCUGUACAUCCAGGAGGAGGAAUCUGCGGUGAUGAAAAUUUUUACAACCAACUUAAACCACGGAUUUGAGGAGCUGAAUGAAACCUGCUUGGUCACCAUAUGUCGCAAUCCAUUGUUUAUGUUCCGGAGUUCAGAUUUUGUGGAUCUGCCGUUGGAGUUGGUGGAAAAAGUUGUCGCCAGGAAUGAACUACGCUGCAAUGAUGAUCAACUUCUGGGUGCGUUGAAGAAAUGGUGCAAUCAUCAACCCCCGACGACAAUUAACGUUCGAGAAACAUUCAAAAGACUGUCGGAUAUCGUGCGGAAACGCAGAGAGCAAUGGCAAGACUAUCACUGCCGGAAGUGGUUUUAUUUCGGUCAGAUUUGCUAUACGGCUGAUUCGUGUGGAGGAGUGUACAACCUAACCGCGCUCAAGGAUUUAGAACUUUACGGGGUGGGAAUGUAUAUUGGAUGUAGAGGAAAAGAUCAACCAAUGUCCAUUUCGGUAACGGUGAAGGCGAAUGAAAAACCGAUCCGCAAAUUCGAGGCCAAAGUCUUGACGAAGGAAGAUAUCUAUAUUUACGAUUGUAUGUUGGAGCGAUUAUCUCUGAGUGUUGGUUCAAAUGUUUCAAUCCAUUGCGAGGGUCCCAAGGGGGUCCAGGGGAACAAACCGGCCAAAUUGACCUUUUAUAGACGAUGGUCAACCUGGACCGGAGAUUCAACGGUGCUGCAGUUGGAAGAUGAUCGAAAUAACCAGUACCAGUACACAGCAAUCGCCCAUAUUUACUAUCAGGUUAAGAAAAGUGACGAAGAGAGUGCGUAAAGUGGUUGCUCAAGAAUAUCAAAUAAAACAC